GCUGUCACCGAUAAAGCAGCGCCUUUGUAUUGAGCAGUCAAGAAGUCAAUCUUGGCGCUUUCAACUAACACACGCUGACUAAACGUGACUUGUGUGGCCCUCUGCAAGUACGAUGUCUCCAUUGUCCCUGGUCGGUUUGGGGCUGCUAUUGGUUUCAGCAUCUUCUCUGUGCCCUGAAGACUUCACGAGGGAGGGGGAGUCGUGUUACAAGGUGGUGCCGGUCAACAUGUCCUGGGCAGACGGAUGGAUGAUAUGCAAGACGAUGCAGUCGUUCAUGGUGGAGAUCGACACCAGCGAGGAACAGCUCCGUGUGUUCGGCUUCCUACAGCGGCACCACGAGAAAAACAAGUUCUGGACAGGUGGCACUGCCCUCUACGGCAACAAGCAGUGGACAUGGAUGACCAGUGGAAAUGCCAUCGCCUACACGAACUGGAUCCAAGGACAGCCGGACAACAGUUACCAUAGCGACACGGGUAACUGGGACACGUGCCUGGCGCUGAACAUGAACAAACAGGCGGGAUGGAGCGACGAGCAGUGUGAACAGACGAACUACAUGUUGUGUGAAGCCGAGUGACGCUAUGUCGGGAAGCAUCCUCGUGGGAUGAGCAUUGCCACGUGUGACGUCGUAUGUGGCUGACGUGUCGCGUUCUGAUGUUUUUGUGUUACAAAACCGAUGAGGUGUAUUUUUUCCUGAUCAGUCAUUCAACAUAUUUCAUUGGAUGAAACUAGGUUUUUUUACUGUUUUUUGUGUUUUUGAUGGUUUACUGUUUUAAAUGUAAAAUUACAUAAGUCGGAAUAAAAAUACAUAAAUGUGUGUAUUAUACUAUUUGUAGCUUGGCAUGAGUUGUGGUCGGAAGAAGUUGUCGAAAAUAAAGGUGUGUUUAAAGAACAGAUUGUAAGAACAGAACGUGUAUUAAACUAAAGGUCAUACAUAAUAGCAUAAAGAGGAUUUGCAGUGAUUCCAUGAAUGAUUUACGAUCAAGUGGGACCACAUUUAAUCACGUGGUCAGAGCUCCAGAUAAACUGCGUAUUGUCGUACAAUAUGCACAAUAAAUCUUUAUGACGUUGA